AGAGCCCAAAUCCGAGAAAACCCUAAAACAUCUGUAACGUCUUCUUCACUCUCCAUUUCCAUCUCUUAAGCGUCGCCGUUCUUCAUCUUUUCUUCCACUCCUCCCAGCUGCUACUGUCUUGCCAUUCCAAUGGAAACACCUCCGGAGCCUCCGACCACCGCCGCCGGCGAAAACAUAAGCAAAAAUGCACUCAAGCGUGAACUCAAGAACAAGCAGAGAGAAGAAGAAAGGAAACGUAAGGAAGAGGAGAAAGCCAAAAAGGCUGCGGAAAUGCAAAGUGCUAAAGAGAACAAAUCUGCACCUGUUGCUGAUGAUGAAGAUAUGGAUCCAACACAAUACCUGGAGAAUAGGCUGAAGUAUCUUGAAGCUGCAAAGAAAGAAGGCAAAAACCCAUAUCCACACAAAUUCUUUGUUUCUUUGUCUAUUGAGGAAUACAUCAAAGAAUAUGGAGGUUUAAGCGAUGGGCAACACCUUGAGGAUGUCUCUGUGUCUUUGGCUGGUCGAAUCAUGCACAAACGUGCCUCUGGUGCAAAACUCGUCUUUUAUGACCUGCAUGGUAAUGGUCUUAAGGUUCAGGUUAUGGCCGAUAAAAGUAAAUCAGACUUGGAUGAGGCCGAGUUUUCCAAACUCCAUUCUAAUGUGAAGCGUGGUGAUGUUGUUGGCAUCACGGGCUUUCCAGGUAAAAGCAAGAAGGGAGAGCUUAGUAUUUUUCCCAGAACUUUUGUAGUUCUGUCGCAUUGUCUGCAUAUGAUGCCAAGACAAAAAUCCGCUGCUGCUGCUGCUGAUAAUGCAAAUUUGAAGAAAAAUGCAUGGGUACCAGGAAGUACCAGGAAUCCUGAAUCAUAUAUUUUGAAAGAUCAGGAAACAAGAUAUCGGUUACGCCAUUUGGAUUUGAUGCUUAAUCCAGAGGUGCGAGAAAUAUUCAAGACUAGGUCUAAAGUCAUUUCUUACAUUAGAAGGUUCCUGGACAACCUUGAUUUCUUGGAGGUUGAAACACCUAUGAUGAACAUGAUUGCCGGUGGUGCUGCUGCUCGUCCUUUUGUAACUCAUCAUAAUGACCUUAACAUGAGAUUAUUCAUGAGAAUUGCUCCAGAACUCUAUCUGAAGGAGUUGGUUGUUGGUGGGUUGGACCGUGUUUAUGAAAUUGGGAAACAAUUUAGGAAUGAGGGUAUAGAUUUGACUCAUAAUCCUGAGUUUACUACUUGUGAGUUCUAUAUGGCUUAUCAAGACUACAAUGAUAUAAUGGAGAUAACUGAGCAAAUGUUAAGUGGUAUGGUUCAGGAACUUACAAAAGGAAGCUAUAAAAUCAAGUAUCACGCAGAUGGGAUUGAUAAGGAUCCUAUUGAAAUUGACUUCACUCCACCAUUCAAAAGGAUUGACAUGAUUGAAGGAUUAGAGCAGAUAGCCGGCCUCAAUAUUCCCAAAGACUUGUCUAGUGAUGAAACUAAUCAAUAUCUGAAGGAUGCCUGCUUGAAGCAUGGAAUCAAAUGCCCUCCUCCUGAAACAACUGCUCGUUUGUUGGAUAAACUUGUGGGGCACUUUUUGGAGGAAACAUGUGUCAAUCCUACAUUCAUCAUAAACCAUCCUGAGAUUAUGAGUCCUUUGGCGAAGUAUCACAGAUCAAAACCAGGCCUGACUGAACGUUUUGAAUUGUUUGUCAACAAACGUGAGCUAUGCAAUGCUUAUACUGAAUUGAAUGACCCUGUAGUACAACGGGAGAGAUUUGCUAAUCAACUCAAGGAUCGGCAAUCAGGUGAUGAUGAAGCGAUGGCUUUGGAUGAAACAUUUUGUACGGCUUUGGAGUAUGGUUUGCCACCAACUGGUGGUUGGGGUUUGGGUAUUGAUCGGUUGACCAUGUUAUUGACUGAUUCACAAAAUAUUAAGGAGGUCCUGCUCUUCCCUGCCAUGAAACCUCAAGAUUGAGCUUUGAACAAAAGCUGUUAGAUAUUGUCUCAAUGAAAUUAUUUACAGGUAUAUGAGAAAUGCAUGAUUAUUAAGAUGGGAGCUCAUUAGUUGUUAUAUCUGACUGUUAAUCCUCCGGUGUUGAGAUUACUCUUGUUGGGUUUUGAUGGCUUGCAAGAUUCUAUACCUUUUAUUUUUCUGUUUUUCUGUUUUGGGUUUCAUUAUCUGUUGAUUUGAUAAAUUUUUGUGUCAUAUUUAUUACAUUUUUGAGAGAUUAUAGUUAAUGAAAUAUAUCAUUUAUUAGUAUUAAAUGAAAAUUUUCCAACAUUGUGAUUUAUGCUGUGAA